AUGACUUCCUCGUUUAAGCUUCUCACGGUCAUCCUACCUGCCCUGGCUCUCGCCUGCAAGGGUCCUCCGGUCAACCAGAACGGCCUCAACCUGAUCAAGAGCUUCGAGUCUUUCCAACCUAACGUAUACGACGAUGGCUUUGGCAAUCCAACCAUUGGGUACGGUCAUCUCUGCAGCGAUGCGACCUGCUCUGAGGUGACCUACCCCAAGCCCUUGUCUGAGGCAGACGCUAGUAGUCUACUAGCUGGCGACUUGGUUUCCUACCAAGACGCCCUCACCAACGCUCUUGCCGACCCAGUCACUUUGAAUGACAACCAGUACGCCGCCCUGGUAUCCUGGACAUACAACAUCGGCAACGGCAACAUGCGAAAAUCCGACCUCGUCGCUCGCAUGAAUAAGGGCGAGGACGUGGCGACCGUUGCACACUCGGAGUUACCGCAGUGGAACAAGGCGAACGGCCAGGUCGUCAAUGGGCUUACACGUCGUCGAAAUGCGGAGCUGGGACUCUUCGAUGCGCCCGCUCUCUAUGGGGCUUUGCCUGUUCCUUGCUAA